AUGGACGAAUGCAAAACGAAACGCAGGCGUCUAAACACACCAGCUUCCUCCGUUCAUACUUCAAAUAGCUCUACGCCCUAUGAGCAAUCUUCAAGUCCCCUACAGUCUAUGGGGGAGAGCAAAAGAGCAUCGAGUUUAAGACUAUCUUCUCUAUCUUCACAAAAAAGAUACUCCACUGCGGUAUCAGUUAGAGAACGUCAGGAAAGCCUUUUGACUCAAGAUGAUGAUAUAAUUCGCACUGGGGGGGCCCAGAUCGUUUCCGACUCCUUGUCGCAUCACGAUACAGACGAAAUAAGUGAAGUCCUAUUGGCAAUCGACAUGAGAGACCGUGGCGUAAUCGGCUGCGCAUAUUACGAGUCUUGUGAGCAGAAGCUAUAUUUAAUGGAGGAGAUAAAGAUGGGUCGCCUAGAUCUUGUCGAUACCUUGAAGACUCACGUACAGCCAACGACUAUUCUGAUCAGUACUAGAACAGACGAAGACUUGGAGAAGCAUCUUAGCCAUGAUGCUCGAGGGAUCGAUCGUGAAAGUGAAGAGAACAACAUAUCUGGCUCCUACGGCCUUGAAUACCGACCUUCUUCUGACUUCUCUUUUGAGCAAGCCAAAUACAAGCUUAUUAACCUCGAGCUCGAUUCAGAGGACGACCACGAUAUGAUGUUUACUACGCCUAAUGACAACCUAGGAAUCUUAGGAAGUAGAUCAUUCAUGGGCAGACAAGGUAGAUUGCUGAGACUUGCGUCCUGUAUUAACCUUGAAAGUCGACUCACGGUUGGUUGUGCUGGUGCUAUUCUCAAUUACCUAUCUAGAUGUAGAAACACACAAUGCCUACCGACGAAUCAAGAAGACCAGACUCGCUUCCAAGUUCGCGCCAUCCAAAUGUUUACUCUGUCUAAUAUGAUGUUUAUCAAUGCAGAUACUUUUGCGUCUCUUCAAAUAAUGCAGUCGAAAAAUCAUCCAAACAUUCACAUGCAAGGCCCUAAUCAAUCAAAUUCUGGCGCAAAAGAAAGUCUCUCGGUGUUUGGGCUAUUCAGUAAUUUUGCACGCACUCCACAAGGCAAGCAAAGACUGCGUCAGGUCUUUUUGGAACCCAGCAUAGACAUCACAGCUAUAGAAGAACGGUUAGAAACCAUUAGUGUUCUCCUAAGACCUGAAAAUUCAGUAUCUCUUGUGCAACUUCACAGCCACCUAAAGAUGAUUAAGAAUAUACGUACAAUAGUGAUACAUUUGCAAAAAGGUAUCAGUGACAGCUCAAGGAAAGGCAACGCCAUACGAAAAAGUGUCUGGGGUAGCUUACAAAACUUUGUUCUUCGUUUUCUGAAAUUAUUGGAUUCUAUUCGCGAAUUAAAUGGCCACGAAACACUAUCUGUCACAAAAAAAUUCUUCACGGAAGUCGAGUCAUCCGAAAUCACAGAGGUUGGCAUUAUGAUCAAUAAUACUGUAGAUUUCCAAACAUCUGAUGAUGUCCACCGAACAGCUGUACUACAAGGAGUUGAUACGGAGUUAGACGAACUUAAAAGAACAUACGAUAGCAUGGAUAGUCUUCUAACCCAGGUCGCUAACCAAAUUUCGGCAGAUGUUCCUGAAUGGGCCGCCCAAUACAUAGAGAAUUGUAUAUUUUUCCCGCAACUAGGAUUUCUUGUUGUUGUGGCUCUAGAUCCUGGGACGGGACUAGGUAAGUACGAAGGAGAAGGAUUAGAUGAUGAUUCUUGGGAGAAAAAAUUCGUCAGUGAAAACAUGGGCUAUUACAAGAAUAGGCGCAUGGAACAAAUGGAUGAAUACUUUGGUGAUAUGUACGGAAUAAUAUGCGGUAGAUACUCGCCAUCCUUGAUGCGUUGUUUUAAAACUAACAAAGAAGAUCGAGAAAUAGAAAUUAUUCACAUGUUAGCAGUCAGCAUCUUAGAGCGUAAAAAAAUCCUCGCAACUGCAUCUGAUCUUUGCGGAGAACUAGAUAGUUUUGUCGCCUUGGCCUUAGGUGCCCAGAAAUACCAAUUCAUCCAACCUAAGAUAACGACGGCGAAUGUAAUACAUAUUGAAGGUGGCAGGCAUCCCUUACAGGAGUUGAGCGUUCCAACCUACAUACCUAAUCCAUGCUUCAUCACUGGAGGUCCUGGAAAUAUUGAUACUGAUGUCCCUGAGCCGGCAUCUCCAGAAAAGACAACUCAUCCAGGAAUGCUCAUCUUAACUGGACCAAACUAUUCCGGUAAAAGUGUCUAUUUGAAACAAAAUGCUUUGAUAGUUUAUAUGGCGCACAUUGGAAGUUUUGUUCCAGCUGAUAGUGCCAUUAUUGGGUUAACCGAUAAAAUUAUGACAAGAAUUACAACUAGAGAGAGUGUUUCGAGAAAUCAGAGUGCAUUUAUGAUCGAUUUGCAGCAAAUUUCUUUGGCCUUAUCUCUAGCCACACGUCGCUCUCUUAUUAUAAUCGACGAGUUCGGUAAAGGUACCAGUGCAUCGGACGGUGCUGGCUUGUGUUGCGGAGUUUUUGAGUAUUUACUUAGUCUAGGGACAGAGCGGCCCAAAGUCCUUGGAGCAACCCACAACCACGAGAUCUUUGAAAACGGAUAUCUUUCCAAACGGCCAGGAUUAGAAUUUGGUCACAUGGAAGUCAGGGUUGAGACGGAUGUCGACACUAAGGUGGACCAAAUUACCUACUUGUAUAAUUUUGUUCUUGGUCGUAGCACAUCAAGUUUUGGAACUUACUGUGCUCUAAUGAGUGGUAUUGACAAGGCUAUAGUCGAGAGAGCGGAAGAGUUGAUACUCUUAGAGGCUCGAGGAGAGGAUCUAAUAGCAGCAUGUGCGACGGUGUCUGCAGACGAGAUUCGAGAGCUUGAAGAUGCAGAAGAGGUUGGGAGAAGGUUUCUUGAACAUAAGCUUCUAGAGCCGGUGUUACAGGAAUCCGAGUCGCCAUCAGAGGCCAGUAUUCAUAAAAUACUUAGAGUUAUAUUAGGCUACCAGCACGAAGCUUGA